ACUCAGGCUGCAGGGCAGGAUCUUUAUGUGAAUGACCUGCAGUUCAGAAGCAGUAGCUUUAUUGAUCUUAUCUAGUAAACCUUGGGAGGAUUUUCAGCAUCAGAGUUACUGGGAGAGUACUAAAUGAGAGAGAAAGUAGGGAAAGGUGUUGGAGGCUUUUCUCCUUGAAAUUUGACCCACUGUCCUUAUCUCUUACAAAAAAAACCAAACAUGAACAGGUCUGAGAUGGGACUGGCUAAGGAUAUAUUUUUAACAGUCAGAGGCACCUACUUUUGCAGUUACAGCCCAGGCUGGUGAUAUGAAGUAAUGAGUCUUAGAGCAUAAAUUGUGCAGUGUUCUACUAGAGAUGCACUAUUGAUUCAUAAGUGUGGAGGAAGAUACUGUGGGAUCCUCUUGAUGAUGGAGGAGAAAUUUGGUUAGAUAGAUGAAAUGGUUUGUAACACUAAGCAUCUCUUUCUAAAAGGCUUUCCAGAUAUAGACUGUGGUUUUUAGAGGAGCCUGGAACUGUUAGCUGCCCACCUCCAUUGUAAGUCAGUGCAAACCUGUUCUCCAAGUCAUUUAGGUUGUUUCAAAAACCCUAAUUGCCUCCUCCAUACUCCAACACCUGACUGAUUUUAAUUAUUGCUUCUAGUGCAGGAAGCUUGCUUCCCAAGUCUCUGAAGGAGCUACAGACACACACUGUUGGAUUGAUCUCAGUUUAACCUUCAAAAGUAUGUCAAAGUGCAGAGAUGAUUUAAGACUUUAUGAGCUGAGAAAACUCAUCUAUGAACACUUUGAAUGCCACAAGAAUCCAAACUUGCACUCUGCUAUCUAAGCUAGCCCUUAACUCUCUAAUGACUAAGGCUUGCAUAACUACAUAGGUUUGCAAUGGUUGGACUAAGAAGGAAAGGAUAACUCAAAGCAGCUGUAAUUUCAAUGAUUACUUGAUCCCUUUUAAUGGCUAACUCUUUCUCUUUCCUUCUCUCUGCACUUGGCUUUCCAUCUGCUGAGCAAAUCCAAACUAGAAACAAAACUGGGACUACUUUCUAAGACCUGAGGAUCCCACUUAGGUUUAUAUCUUUCUGCUUGCACACCCCAUGUCUAUCUGCUUGCACAACCUUUAUCUAUCUGAAUGCAUCCACCUUAGCUAAUCAUAUGAAGAAUGUCAAUCAAUCCAGACAUCAUAAAAUCUCGCUAAAGGAUUUCAUUAGGAAGAGUUUGCUGAAGGAAAAACUCUGAAAUGUAAAGGCCUUUGAUGUGCAGAUGUAAGACUAAAAAAUCUAGCAGCCUUUCCUGAAGAAAAUCCAGCCUUACACUAUCAAGGCAGAUUUGUCUUCCAGUGUCUGCAGCAACCCGAGUUGUGUGCGUCUUCUAGAGGGACCAUCAAAAUGGGGACUAUUUCCCUGUGCUUCAUAUAUCCCAUCUUGUAAUAUCAGGCAGCUCUUCACCAAAACCCAUUUGGCAAACCUGUUCUCUUUGGAUUGGAGGAGGAAGACGUUCUUCAAUUUUCUAAUUUAGUUGCUUCAGACAGAAUUUCAAACCUCCGAAGUGGCAACAUUUUUGAUCCAGCCAGGAAAACCUCUAAGGGAUUUUAGAGAAACUUUAAUCUUAGUACCUAUGCUACUUCUGGAGUUAAAACAUAGACAAGUGGAAAGUUUGGGGGUCUAUCUGAGUCUGAGAACUGGAUCUAAUUUUCCUGUUGGUAGGAAACAAAUAUUGCUGAAAUUUGACCUUGUUGUAAUAUUUUUAAUACUUUUGGAGGCACCUGGUUCUACAAUCACAGACAUAGCAGACUUGGAAAGGCUGGGACGACCGAUGCAUUAAUCAUACAAUGCGAACUUGAGGCUAUGCUAGUUUAUUGAAAAGGAGACAGAUUUUCAGAGACCCAGCUGCAAGGAAAGAGAGAUCAGGUUAUAGAUAUAAUAUUGAGUAUUUCAGGAAGGACUUACAUACUAGGCCUGCUUAUAGGGGCACCCAGAUCCCCCAGUCAUUUCAAAGGGCAGCAAUCAGAGGCAGAUCUUCAGUUCUGUAGGAGGGACUUUUCCCUCCAGUGAAGCCUGUGCCCGCCUCUGCUCCAGAAGGUGCUCCCUGGCAACUCUUGCGCGGGUGGCUAACCGGGCCUGCCCUGCUCUCGCUGGGGAGUCCUUGGAACUCACCGACCGCGGUCGCGGCUGGGCCUGCAACAGGGGGGUCCCCUUCACUGCGGCCUCCAGCGCCGAAGCACCCCUGGGCGGGCUCACACGGGGCUCCGACCUCCCCUACACCCCGGCCAAUGCCACCUUUGGUCGUGGACCUUCUGUCCCUUGUCCCCGAGCGAGGACUGGGCGUCGAGGGCCCUCUCUGCCCCUUGCGGCUCUCUUCCCCGACACCCCGCUGGGGUCUCUGCCUGGUCUUCCCUGGUUCCCUCACCGGGGUUCCCGCUGGCUCUAUCCCGGUUCCCUCACUGGGGUUCCCGCCGGCUCUAGUCCGGUUCCCUCACUGGAGUUUCCGCCGGCUCCAAUCCGGUUCCUUCACCGGAGCUUCCGCCGGUUCCAAUCCGGUUCCCUCACUGGGGUCUCCGCCGGGUCCCCGGAGCCUCUGCCAGCUCGUCCCCAGUUACCUCACCGGUGGUUCCAGCUGGCCCUCUCUCUGGGCUCCUCCUUGGAGCUUCUGCCAGCUCCCUCGUCAGUUUCGCCGCUCUUCUCCAGCGGCGCGGCUCUCCCCGCCUCCGUUGCUCCCGGCGCAGCUGCAGCCUGUUCGGCCCACAGCCAAAGCCCCUUGCGGGGGCCCGGUUCCACUCCUGGGCUUCCUCCCAAGCUCCACGUCCUCCCGCCAUGCGCCGCCUCUGUCUUCAGGGCCGCGUUUUAUUUCCCCUGAGUGGCGCCUCUCACUGACGUCACUCCACCCCAGCUGUAUGAAAGCGCGGCUAACGAGCCGCGCGGGUGGUUCCCCGGCCUGCACGCUGCCGCUGCUCCCCUCUCCUGCGGAGCAUACACGAGUGUUUCCCCUGGCCCUGGGCCUGGGGCUCCCUCUAGUCCCGUUGUCCCUGGGACAAAGCCAAUGGAGACUUUUACCAUCUGCAAUUACAUGUAGGCAAGGAAUGUCAUUCCUAGCUGCAUUGCCAACUGCCUACAUAUGCAGACAUGGCACAGCCAGAAGGGUAUUCACUGGCUGGGUAAAAAGCCAGGGCAGGCACUUGAACCCCUGAUGGAUCCAUAGUGACCUUAGAAGUCUGAAAACAUCAACCAUAAACCAUGACUAUUGGGACCUGUACGCAGAAACAAAGGAGGGGGAUGUAUGGGAGAGGAAAGCCUCCCAUGUUUUGCCCUCAGUCACUAAGUAGUCACCAGCAAAGUAGAAAGAUCCAAGUUUUAGGCCCCCUUGCUCAGAGGUGGUUGAACCUAGGUCUCAUUGACGGCCCAGCAAAGUACUUGACCCACCACAUCAUGGGUCAGUAACCACCCAGGGGCUUCUCUAGCACUUUUGUGAGGCUGGUCUCUGAACAGAUAAUAGUGGAAGGUUUCUAAGAAAUAUGUGGGGCCAGGAGAAAGGUGGAGGGCGUGUGACUGAGUGGAUGAAGAAAUAGCCACUUGGAUGACUGGAAAAAAAAAAUAGAAUGUUUUACUAGAUGUAUACAAACCAUGUAAGACGACGUUGAGAUGCUGACCUCAUGUAUUAUGGUUAUUCCUAUCAUUAUUGUUAGCAAUAUUGAUAUUAUCAUUGUGAUUGUUAUUAUAUCUUAACCUGAAAGGUUUUGCAAAGUGGGAAACACAGGGACUAUUCAACAAAUAAAGGCUCUGAUUUCCUUCCUGAGAAUAUGACUGUCCACAGUAACGUCUGAAUGGCAUUUUUUAUUUUGGCACUCCUCAGUGUGUAGAUCACUGGGUUCAGCGUGGGGAUGGCCACCGUGUUGAGCACAGAGAUUGGCCUUAUCCGCUGUGAAUUUCUGGAAGGAUCUGUCAUAAAAUGAACAUGCUAAGUCCAAAAUGCAAGCACACCAAUGUAAUCUGUGCAGUACGAGUGGAAAGGGCUUUGUGCUUCCCUUCCACAACAUGCUUUCUUAUCUUGCCCAAGAUGAUAGUAUAGGAAAUAAGUAAUGUAAAG